GCUCCUGCCAGGGUAACUCCGUGGAGAGGAAGAUCUACAUCCCCUUGAACAAAACGGCGCCGUGCGUUCGCCUGCUGAAUGCCACCCACCAGAUCGGCUGCCAGUCCUCCAUCAGCGGCGACACGGGGGUGAUCCAUGUGGUGGAGAAGGAGGAGGACCUGAACUGGGUGCUUGCUGAUGGCCCACACCCACCCUACAUGAUCCUGCUGGAUGGGAACCUCUUCACCAGGAGGGUAAUGCUGCAGCUGAAGGGAACCUCACGAGUGUCAGGCCUCGCUGUGGCUCCUGCCAAACCCAGCCCUGCCGAAGGAUUCUCCCCUGGUUUGAAGUGCCCCAAUGACGGCUUUGGUGUCUAUUCCAAAGAUUAUGGCCCGCAGUUUGCGCACUGCAACAGGACCGUGUGGAAUCCGGUGGGGAGCGGGCUUUCCUAUGAGGACUUUGACUUCCCUAUUUUCCUCCUUGAAGAUGCCAACGAGACUCAAGUCAUCAAGCAGUGUUACCAAGACCACAACGUCCCUCGUGAUGGAUCUGCCCCCGAGUACCCCCUCUGUGCCAUGCAGCUUUUCUCCCACAUGCACGCAGUCACCAGCACCGUUACCUGCAUGAGGCGCAGCUCCCUGCAAAGCACCUUCAGCAUCAACCCAGAGAUCUUGUGCGAUCCUCUUCUUGAUUUCAACGUGUGGAGCACCUUGCAGCCCAUCAACUCCUCUGGGAAAGUUGAUCCUGAGAAGGAAGUGAUUCUUGUCGCUACGCGAAUCGACAGCCAUUCCUUCUUCUGGAACAUCGCACCUGGGGCAGAGAGCGCCGUCUCUUCUUUUGUGACCCACUUGGCUGCUGCUGAAGCCCUUCAUAAAGCAUCAGAUGUGCAGUUGCUGCAAAGGAACAUCAUGUUCACCUUCUUCCAAGGGGAGACCUUUGAUUACAUCGGCAGCUCACGAAUGGUGUACGAUAUGGAAAGGGACAAAUUUCCUCUCCGCUUGGACAACAUCCAUUCGUUUGUGGAGUUGAAUCAGGUGGCUCUGAGGACCAACUCCACUUUAUGGAUGCACACAGACCCCGUUUCUCGAAUGAAUGAAACUGUUGAAGUGCAGAUCAGAAACUUGCUGGAUAUUCUGAGCAACAGCAGCAUCGGAACAAACGUGACUUUGCAGGAAGUUGGAUUUUCCCAGCCUCUUCCUCCGUCUUCCUUCCAGCGCUUCCUUCGUGCCCGGCACAUCCCCGGCGUGGUCCUGACUGACCACCAGACCUCCUUCCAGAACAGAUACUACCAGAGCAUGUACGACACUCCAGAGAACAUCCAGAUGCAAUACCCCGAGGGGCUUAGCCCCGAGGAAACCCUGGAAUAUGUCACGGACACAGCCAAGUCCCUGGCAGAAGUUGCCACAGUGGUCGCCCGUGCUCUCUACCGGCUUGCAGGGGGAGCCAACAACACCUCUGCUAUUCAGGCAGAUCCAAAAACGGUCACUCGAAUGCUGUAUGGGUUUCUGAUUAAAAUGAACAAUUCCUGGUUUCAGUCCAUCAUUAAACCAGACAUAAAAGGAAUUCUGGGUGAUGUUCCCCAACACUACGUCGCCGUUUCCAGCCCUGUGAACACCACCUACCUUGUGCAGUACGUCCUGGCCAACCUGACGGGCACCGUUGUUAACUUCACCAAGGAUGAGUGCCUGAACCCUGAGAAAACACCCAACAGUGAGAGAGAAAUGUACGAAUAUGCCUGGGUGCAGGGUUCCCUGGACCCGAACUCGACGUCGCGAGUCCCUUUCUGCGUUCGCUCCACCGUUCGCCUGAGCAAAGCGCUCUCUCCCGCCUUCGAGCUGAGGCAGUGGGGAUCCACAGAGUACUCCACGUGGACGGAGAGUCGCUGGAAGGAGAUUCGCGCCCGAAUAUUUCUGGUAGCCAGCAAGGAGCUGGAGAUCAUCACUUUGGUGGUGGGCAUUGCCAUCCUGAUCGUCUCUCUCGUGGCCACGUAUUUCAUCAACGCCAAAGCGGAUGUGCUCUUCAGCGUCCCGCGAGACCCUGGGGCUGUGGCUUACUGAAGAUGCAAGUUUUAACCCUCGGAUUACAGUUGUCAAAGAGGAAACUACACUGGAAUGCACCUCUCUCUGGAUGGGGACACAAAUGGUUCGCUCCAGAGCUUCCCUGCUUGGCUUCUGGGGACUGAGCCCCCAAACCAGAAGAGACUUGCCCAGAAAACGGUGCCGACCGAGCCCUAAAGAAACUGCGACUGAGGAGUCCCCACAGCCUUUCCUUUUAGUUUGAGCGAGAGGAGAGGGUUGGUCCUGAAAGCCACCGAUGUGCUGGAUGUGUUCCCUAAACGAAGGCAAGAGAGGAAGGGGAUUUUCCUCUGGGAUAUACAAGGACCAGCACAUUUCCUGGUGUCUGACAGCACAGGUCGCCUGUUGGCGUCCAACAGUCGCUGCGAAUCGGUGUAGGCUACAACGCAGGGAGGGCGAGGGGUGUUUAACAGACGAUUAGAUGUCAACUGUCCUGUCGGGUUUUUUUUCUCAAUGGUGCAAUAUUUUCUGGGUUUUGUACAUAUAUAUAUAUAAAUAGUUCCGUUUAAUUAAAAAAAAGAAAGCCUCCACUUACAAA